CACUUACACUUCCGGUCUCUACAGGAAGUUGCUCUUGGAUACACUACUUUCUGACAGAGUAAUCGCAUAUUUGGAAAUAUGUCUAUGUCCCAUUUGUAUGGGCGUAGAGGGGAUGAUGAUGAUGAGGGUGAGGAUGGAGUGGAAAUUGAAAAAUUUGAGGUGACUGAGUGGGACCUGGCCAACGAGUUCAACCCAGAGAGACGCAGGUUCAGACAGACUAAAGAACAAGCAACAUAUGGGAUUUGGGCAGAACAUGACUCUGAUGAGGAGAGACCCAGCUUUGGAGGCAAGAGAGCAAAGGACUACUCGGCACCUGUUAACUUUAUAAGUGCUGGCUUACGAAAGACAGCAGCUGAAGAGAAGGCAGAACAUGAAGGUUCAGAUGAGUCCAGUCAAGAAGAUACACCACCUCCAACCCGCACUGCAGCUUCCAAAAAACUCCAGACGGGUGGAAGCUUUAAGACAUCCCAGAGAUUUGCAGGUGGCAUUAAAACAGGGAAAGAUCUGGGAUCGUGGGAGAAACACACACGAGGCAUUGGGCAAAAACUCCUGCAGAAGAUGGGCUACGUUCCAGGAAAAGGACUUGGCAAAAAUGCUCAGGGUAUUGUGAAUCCGAUUGAGGCUAAGCUGAGGAAGGGGAAAGGAGCAGUUGGUGCAUAUGGGAAUGAAAGAACCCAGCAGUCUCUGCAGGAUUUCCCUGUUGUAGACUCCGAAGAGGAGGAGGAGAAAGAAUUUCAGCAGGCAUUGGGCCAGUGGCGUAAGGAGGCGGGAGUGGCCAAGAAAAAGCCCAAAUAUUCUUAUAAGACAGUGGACGAACUAAAAGCUCAUGGCAAACUGACCAGCAGGAACAUGAGCAGACCAGCUGGGGAGCUGUCACAGGUCAAGGUGAUAGAUAUGACAGGCAGAGAGCAGAAGGUGUAUCACAGCUACAGUCAAAUGAGUCAGAAGCACAGCAUCCCCGAAGAGACCCCUUUGAACGUGAGCGUACGGGAACAGAAGAGUUCUGGCUUCGCUCUGCCAGAACUGGAACACAAUCUUAAACUGCUCAUUGAGCUUACAGAGCAAGAUAUCCUGCAGAGUGCACGUCGUCUUCAGCACGAGAAAGACACAGUGGUCACUCUGACCCAUGAGGGCGAUGCCCUACAGAGCAGAUUGGCCGAGGAGGAUGAAGCUCUUGGGAGGCUGGAGAAUGUCCUGGAACUGGUGGAGCGUUUUGAGGCGGGUGAUAUGGAUGGCAGUCCUACGCUCAGCCUUCAGGAAUGUGCCAUGGUUUUCCAGCAGCUGCAGACAGAAUUUUAUCAGGAGUAUAAGACCUUGGGAUUGGGCGAUCUAGCUGUGUCUGUCGUGCAUCCUCUACUUAAAGAGAAACUUCGCAGUUGGGAGCCACUCAAGGACUGUUCAGAUGGUUUGGAGGAAGUCGGUCAGUGGAGGGCCAUUCUUGAAAACCCACAGUCUCUUCACAGCGGACCAGACAGUUCUCAGAUGGACCCUUAUCACAGGUUAAUAUGGGAGGUGUGGAUUCCUGUCAUGAGGACCUGUGUGUCUCAGUGGCAACCCAGAAAUGUGGGGCCAAUGGUGGACUGUGUGGAAUGCUGGGCCCCUGUGUUACCAAUGUGGAUUCUGGACCAUGUUGCUGAGCAGCUCAUUUUCCCACGACUGCAGAGAGAGGUGGACAACUGGAACCCACUGACAGAUACGGUCCCCAUUCAUUCAUGGAUUCAUCCUUGGCUGCCCUUGAUGCAAACCCGCCUCGAGCCCCUGUACGCACCAAUUCGAAGUAAACUUGCCCAUGCUUUGCAGCGUUGGCACCCUAGCGAUUCUUCCGCCAGACUUAUUCUACAACCCUGGAAAGAUGUCUUUACACCUGGUGCAUGGGAGGCCUUCAUGGUGAAAAAUAUUGUCCCAAAGCUUGCUCUGUGUUUAGGAGAGCUGGUGGUAAAUCCUCAUCAGCAGCUGUUGGAGCCGUUUAACUGGGUGAUGGACUGGGAGGGCAUGUUGUCGGUCUCUACCAUGGUGGGACUGCUGGAUAAGAAUUUCUUUCCCAAAUGGCUGCAGGUGUUGUGUUCCUGGCUCAGUAACAACCCGAAUUAUGAAGAAAUCACUAAGUGGUAUCUGGGCUGGAAGAGCUUGCUGUCAGAGAACCUUCUCAGUCACCCAGUGAUCAAAGACAAACUGAACGAGGCUCUUGACAUCAUGAACCGUGCCGUUGCUUCUGGACUGGGUGGGUACAUGCAACCUGGAGCAAGGGAGAACAUCGCAUACUUGAUUCAGACGGAGAGAAGGAAAGAUUUCCAGUGCGAGCCUCAGCCAGAACGCCGUGAAAUUGAGAAUUCUGUCCCACGUCCCCCAGGCACCAGCCAAAUACCAACAUCGGUACCCACCAACUUUAAAGACCUAGUCCAAGCUAAGGCUGAGGAGAAUGGCAUUGUCUUCAUGCCACUUGUGGCCAAACGACACAUGGGCAAACAGUUAUUUACAUUUGGCAGAAUAGUCAUCUACAUCGAGCGUGGAGUGGUCUUCGUCCAAGGAGAGAAAACCUGGGUUCCAACGUCAUUACAAAGCUUGGUUGACAUGGCUAAAUGAGACUGAUGAUUAAUCGAAUGUAAUUCAGAGAAAGUGUUUAAAUUUCCUACUUCCCACUUCUACUUUCCUACUGGUCCCCUUCUGCCUCGACUCCGAUUUGUUGAUCAUAAUGUUGUUUUAUACUGACAAAGAACUGGUUUUGAAAUAAAUAAGUGCUAAGAAAAA